CCUUUUCUCAUUGGCAGAGGAAAGCCCCCCUUAGUGGACGUGUAUGUAACGCAUGAAGACCCAGAGGCUGCCUCAGCCGAUUCCAGAUGGGAACGACGAGUGAUGAGAUGGUGUCUGUGGACCCGAACUCCUCCUCCUCCUCCUUCAAUCCCCUGUGUUUCGAGUGUGGCCAGCAGCACUGGACGAGAGAAAACCACUUGUACAAUUACCAGGACGAAGUGGACGAUGACCUGGUGUGCCACAUUUGCCUUCAGCCUCUGCUGCAGCCGCUGGAUACCCCCUGUGGACACACGUUCUGCUGCAAGUGCCUCCGGAACUUCCUGCAGGAGAAGGAUUUCUGUCCAUUGGACCGGAAGAGACUUCACUUUAAGUUGUGUAAGAAGUCUAGCAUUCUAGUUCAUAAACUCCUGGACAAAUUAUUGGUUUUAUGUCCGUUUUCUUCAGUGUGCCAAGAUGUAAUGCAGCGCUGUGACCUGGAGGCACAUCUCAAAAACAGAUGCCCUGGAGCGUCUCUCCGGAGAGCUGCCCUGGAGAGGAGGAAGCGCAGCAAAGCGCAGUCGGAGGUCGAGAGUGAGAGCGGAGCUGCGGUCCCCGAGCUUCCAGUGACCCUACCGCCCGACGUGGACGGUGCGGGGCCCGGCCUGGCGCCUGCGGAGCGGACCCCGACGCCCGCGCCCCUUCCGGCCUGGCCCGAGGAGCCAGGCCUGGACAACCCGGCUUUCGAGGAGAGCCCCGCGGCCGACGCCGCACAGCAGCCACUCAGUUUACCAGAAGGCGAAAUCACCACGAUUGAGAUUCACCGCUCUAAUCCUUACAUUCAGCUAGGAAUUAGCAUCGUGGGCGGCAACGAAACGCCGCUGAUUAACAUCGUUAUCCAGGAAGUCUAUCGGGAUGGCAUAAUCGCCAGGGACGGAAGACUCCUGGCCGGGGACCAGAUUCUUCAGGUCAACAACCACGACAUCAGCAGCGUGUCGCACAACUACGCCCGCGCGGUGCUGUCGCAGCCCUGCAGCACGCUGCAGCUCACCGUGCUCCGCGAGAGGCGCUUCGGCGGCCGCGCGCACGGCCAGGCCGAGGGCGGCGCGGCGCGCGAGGAGGUCUUCCAGGUGGUCCUGCACAAGCGGGACUCGGCCGAGCAGCUGGGCAUCAAGCUCGUGCGAAGGACCGACGAGCCGGGCGUCUUCAUCCUCGACCUGCUGGAGGGGGUGGCCGCGCAGGACGGGAGGCUCAGCAGCAACGACCGCGUGCUGGCCAUCAACGGGCACGACCUGAAGCACGGCACGCCCGAGCUGGCCGCCCAGGUCAUCCAGGCCAGUGGAGAGAGGGUGAAUUUAACCAUCGCUCGACCAGGAAAACCCCAGCCUGGAAACUCGGUCCGAGAAGCAGGAGCUCAGAGCAGCAGCCAGCACCACGCGCAGCCGCUGUGUUACAGCAGGCCUGGCUCACACAAGGACCUCUCCCAGUGUGUUACAUGCCAAGAAAAACACAUCACUAUAAAGAAGGAACCACACGAGUCCCUUGGCAUGACCGUCGCGGGGGGCCGAGGAAGUAAGAGUGGGGAGCUGCCCAUCUUUGUGACCAGCGUGCCACCUCAUGGCUGCCUUGCACGUGAUGGCAGAAUCAAGAGAGGUGACAUCUUGCUGAACAUCAACGGCAUUGAUCUGACCAACUUAAGUCACAGCGAGGCCGUCGCUAUGCUGAAAGCCAGCACCGCGUCCCCCACGGUGGCCCUGAAGGCACUGGAGGUGCAGGUUGUGGAGGAGGCCACCCAGGGCCCAGAUGAACAGCCGAGCACUUUCAGCGAGAACGAGUACGAUGCCAGCUGGUCCCCGUCGUGGGUCAUGUGGCUGGGGCUGCCCAGUGCCCUUCACAGCUGCCAUGAUGUCGUCUUGCGAAGAAGCUACCUGGGAAGUUGGGGCUUCAGUAUUGUUGGUGGCUAUGAAGAGAACCACACCAACCAGCCUUUCUUCAUUAAAACCAUCGUCCUGGGCACUCCCGCCUAUUAUGAUGGAAGAUUAAAGUGUGGCGAAAUGAUCGUGGCGGUGAACGGCCUGUCCACGGUGGGCAUGAGCCACUCGGCGCUGGUGCCCAUGCUGAAGGAACAGAGGAACAAAGUCACGCUGACUGUCAUUUGCUGGCCUGGCAGCCUGGUGUAGAUGUGGAAGCUGCUUCUGAGUCCGGCAGCGACCUUUUUCAGGCUGCGGGACACGGACCUGGGGGCUGCUGUUGGCUGGGGACUGCGGCACCGCAGGGCCACGCAGGGCCCAAACCACCAGGCUUCUCUCCUGUUACACCUUAAGGGGGUUCCUCCAGUUCGCCCCGUUGCUUCCUGCUCAGCAGCGGUCUUCCCCUCAUCUUGUGAGACCCCAUUUUCGGAGGUGAGACUCCGCUGUCAGGAUGUGCCCCGUCAGAGUGAAGGCUGCCCGGGCUGGGACCCAGCCAGCCCGCUGCCACGGCUGCGGGUGGCUCUUUGGUGUCAGGAACCGAGUCACAGAGCUCCCCGUGCCCAAGACGAGCCUCAGCGAGACGGCGGCGGGCGCGCUGCCCUGGAGCACGUUUUCCGUUUGGACAAGCCUUGCCCAGUUUUCAUCGGUGCCAACAUUUCAAAACUUCAUCCCGUUUAUAAGGUGAUUUUUCUGGCUUAUUUUAUUUCUACUUUAAUCUCUCAGUGCUCAUAGAUGAAGACGUAAGUCUGAGACCACGAAAGAGAUUUUUUUUUUAAAUACUGUACCAUUAUUAGCAUAGCAGAGACUAAAACAUGGUAUUAUCCAGUGACAAAGGAACUGGGGAGCUAAUUGUAGGUUAGUGCUGGAGAUGGUAAAGCUGCCUUUACUUGAACAGUCCGAAAGCAUUAAAGGUUCAUUUCCAAAGGAAUGUUUUGUGACGUAGGAAAAUUUUAAAGCAGUUUUUGCUAAAAAGAUCAUUUUCUAGAGUUUGUAUUAUACUUAUAUCAGCAAACUCGACUGGGAAUGUAUUUGUGAUUUAAGCAGUUAGAGGAUAAAUAUUAGACCACACCGCUGUUAAACACACACUCAUCCAGACCACAGCGAAGCAGAAGGUAGACCUUUCUUACCUUAUCCUCUUGAAUGUUUUAGAAACCCUUCUUUUUUCCCCAAUAUUUCUUUACUUGUGAACUUGGUUAUUUCAGGAGAAAGUCUUAAAGAUGUCACACCUGAAACCUAUUCCAGAUUUGGCGAAGGGAAAAAAAAUUGUCAGUCCUUGGUCACUAGACUCUCGUGGUUUUUUUGAGGUGAUUUUGAAAACGAGCAGCCUGUUUGAUUUGUCCUUGAUUCAUCGUGGUUGUCGGAAGAACUCGUACAGCAGUGAGUAAAAGCUGAGUCUUGACCUUCCUGGUCCUAUGCACGCUUGGAACGUUUCCUCUAGAGACCUGUUCAGAGUCCGAGCUAAUUUACAAGUGGCCUCUUGAUGGUGUUGAUGAUCCGAGAAUGUAUUUCAAGGUACUAGAGUAUAUAAUGAAGCAUGACCCCUUUAUUUUAAAACUUAGCAGUUGCAUCUGUAACGUGUCACAGAUUAUUCCAGUUAGUUUUUUAAUGAUUUUAAAAAAACAACAACGUAUCUUAACUAAAGAAAUGGCAAUAAUAACUGUUACUGACUCGUUCAGCCUCUUAGCUGCACUGUAUGGUCGACAGUUACCCAAGAUACAGUGGCCUGCCCCGUGCAGUAUAUUACUGUUACGCGAUGAUUGGCUUUGGAAGCAGUUUGUUACUGCAGUGCUUUGUUAUUCUAAUUGACAUGGAACGAGUUUGGUUCCAGCUCCCCAAGUAGAAUUUUGUAACCUACUCUGCUUAUUUUUUAAAACAUUUUGUAAGAAUGCACAUUCUUGGGGAGUGGCCAUCCAUCAGCAAAUAUCCUGGCUGCCACUUUGUUACAAGGAAAAUGCUUACAGCCAACCUGGCAGUGUAAUGAGUGUUUUGAAAGAUAACACUUUUUCAAUAUUUUUAUCAUGGAAAUCUUGAAAUCAGGUUAAGCUAAUUGGGUUUUAUUACAAAAGACUCUAUAGCUUUUGGUCAGAAUGAUACUUGGUGAUGGCAACGUGUUCAUAAUUUGCUGUUACUGUCAAAACAUUUGAAUUCUCUCAUUUUGAGCUUAAGUAGUUCAAUGUUUUGAUGUGUUCUGUGCCUUCAGGUUAAAUUACUUCAGGAUUUUCCAGCUAUGUUUAAAUAAUGGUGUGAGAAUCAUUUAGGAUGGCAAUAAAAUCAUCCUUUCCCCAA